GGCCUUUCAAUCCUAAUAGAAUCAUCACUUCCAAAUAUUUACAUUUGUUGCAUUUUUUGUGUAUAUUAUUAGAUUAUAGUAAGAGAUUUAUAAAACUAACAAAAUUUUACAUGAUCAUGGAAUCACCAAGAAUCUUCCUCCGGCCGUUCAAUCUCUCCGAUGCAGAAGACGUCUUUAAAUGGGCCGGUGACGAUGACGUCACACGUUACCUCCGUUGGGACUCCGUUAACUCCUUAGAAGAAGCUAAACAACACAUCUUAAACAAGGCUAUACCACACCCAUGGCGCCGUUCCAUCUCUCUCCUCCAAGACGGUCAUUCGAUUGGUUACGUAUCCGUCAAGCCAGACUCCGGUGAUGGUCGGUGCCGAGCCGACCUCGCAUACGCUGUCGCUAAAGAGUUUUGGGGGCGGGGGAUAGCCACAGCGGCGGUGAGGAUGGCGGUUGAACAAGCUUUGGAGGAUUUUCCGGAGGUGGUGAGGCUACAAGCGGUGGUGGAGGUGGAGAACAAAGCGUCCCAAAGGGUUUUGGAGAAAGCUGGAUUUCGAAAAGAGGGUUUACUUGAGAAGUAUGGUUUUAGCAAAGGAGUCAUCAGAGACAUGUUUCUCUAUAGUUACGUUAAAGAUGAUUGUUUUGUGUGAUAGUUAACGGUAAAAAUAAUGGAGAAAGUAACUAAAUAAUAUCCGGUUUUUACCGUAAUCUGAAAUGUUACAAUAUCAAACGUACGUUAGGUUUGAAGAGAUAAAGAUGAUUACGGCAACAAAUGAUGGUUGUCUACAUGUUCUUGUCAUGUCAUAAUUAAGUUUAAGUCGUGUCGUGUGUCUACGGUGACUCAACCACAUAUCUUUCUUUCUCUGAAUUCUGUCUUGUUCGUGAAAAUAAUCUCUAUAGUAGUAAUCUUAACGUCAUGAAUUGGAUAAUGAUAUUGACG